AUGUGGCGUCGUGGUCUCCUCUCCAGCGUGGCAUCGGGCCGCUUGCUUUCGCGUGGACGUCUCUCCCCGACGAAUUUGACUCUCGCGCGAUCCAUCGCCAGCACGGUCCCACUGCGGUACGGGAAGGCGCGCGCCAUCGAGCUCAAAUAUCACGAUGGGACGUGCACAUUGGCAGUUCCGCUUCCUCUCAGCGGAUUCGACGAAGAGCGCGUCUUCAGCAUUCCUCCAGAGACCACUGUGGCGGACAUCAUCGCUCAGAUUGAAGCCGAGGACAAGUCCGUGCAGAGUGUAUCUAUUCGUUCCGCUCGAGGAGAGGAGUUCCAGCCUGAAGAUACGCUGCAAAAGGUGCUAACAGACGACUUUGAGCUCCUGCUGAACGACCAAGUGCUUCCAGUGCGAGCUCCAGUAUUCACGGGCAGCGCGUACCGGAGUCUGGCAGAUGACGGCGACCUGGACGUGCGCUCUGUCGCGCAGAAGGCUGCCAUUAUCAUGCUACGCAGCGACCUGGAACGACUUGGUAAGUGGAAGAUCAGCCACCCAGAGUUCAUGCACAUGUGUCAAGAGAGAGGCAUCCCCAAGAAACAAGCACCCGAAGUUCUGCAAGCUUUCCACCAGACUGGUGUGGUCUUUUACUUUGGCAAGUCGGACGACGAAGACUUGACACACUCAGUGUUCUUACAGCCACGCAGUAUCCUCGACUCGUACUUGGAGUCGAUUGGACUGUCGCCGCUGUCAUCGCAACUCUUUCAGCAGCAGCGGGAGACACUUCUUGCCAAAAUACAGGCACUAGAACCAGAGCAUGUGGCGCUAGUGAACCUACGCCAUGAACUGGAGGCAACUGCGACGCGACAAGCCAACGUGAUUGCCUACGGACUGUCCACUUCGCUUGUUGGAGCCUUCGGUCUCUACUUCUGGCUGUCCUUUAUCCACUUUUCGUGGGAUAUCAUGGAACCAGUGACAUACUUCACGGGCUUCGGCGUCUCCAUUAUCGGAUACGCCUGGUGGAGUCUCACAAACCAGGAAUACGACUAG